UCUUUCUAACUCGGAGACGCGCAAAGCUACUUGCCGCCGAACAUUCCGUAAACCUCGUAGCCGCACUUGGUCGCCUUUUGACUCGAUCACGACCUCGUCUCAGUGAUCGAAUCAUCCUUUCCAACUUCACGCUCUUUGAUCGAACGAGUUUGAUCGUUGUUUCGAGUUUUUAUUUUAACAAACUGGAUUAAGUGACUAAUUUCGCGUUUUGAAACAACCAAACUUGGUCCGUUUGGGUUUUUGGUGAUUGAACAAAAUUGAGGGAUUUUGCGGGAUACUCUGACUGAUUUGUGUGUGUGUUCUCGCGUUCUUUGGUUUGAAAUUUCUGGGCAAUGUUGGAUUUUCGGGACGGUUUUGGUGGCGGCUGAGUUAGUGUGUGUUGGGUGUGUGGGGGUUUUGUAGUGUUAGAAGAUGGGAGAGGAUUAUGAACUUGAAGAAGGAGAGAUGAAUUGUUCUUCUGAUGAAGCCGUUGUUGAUCUUGACGUUGAUCUCUCCUACAUUGACAAGAAGCUACAGAAUGUACUUGGCCACUUCCAAAAAGAUUUUGAAGUUGGAGCCCUUAACCUGUUUGGUCCAAAUAUCUGUGACUAUGGAUCAUUUUUGCCCACUUACAAACGUUCGCUUGCUGAACCAUCAUGUCAAAGGAGUUCCCCAGAGAAUCAUGCCGUCCAAAGAUUUUCUGAUAAUUUUCACGGAAAGAAUGUGGUUCAGAAGUUAACGUCACUGCCUCCUACAUCUUGUAAACUAGUAAGUAAUCAGGACCCUCAGAACUAUCAAACUUCAGGAUCUCUUAUGGCCCAAGCUCCUGGGAAGAAAGGAAAUUCAGGAAUACUGGGCAAUGAUUUGCCUGAUCAUAAGCCAGUUAGGAUUCGGAUCAAAAUGGGCUCUGAAAUCUUGUCCCAAAAGGUUAUACUUUCCAAGGAUCUUCGUCUCAAUGGUCCUCCAAAUUCACCACCCCGAAACAGCCAUGAUGAUAGUAGCAGACUGCUACCACAUACAUCUAUGGAGAAGACAAGUGAAUCUCCUUCCCGCAUUCUACAGGAAAUGACUGCCAUUCCUUUCCCAGAGGAUCUACUGAUGUCGCCCCUUCCUGAUAGUCUGCUUCUUGUGAAAGAGAAGGAGAAGCAAUAUACUUUAUCAGACAACCAACCUGUGCUUAAGACAGGAAAGGAACCUUCUAUUCAGACAAAGAACAAGUUUUCGGAUGUUUUACUUUGUGAGGAAACUCCAAGUGGAAGGAGAAGGAAAGCUGACUGCGUUACUGCUACCACUGGGAAUGAGACUUCAUCAACUGGUGAGAUGAAAAAGCAAAAAGUUUUUUCCACUGGUCAGCUGGCCAGGGAGAAGUCAACUUCUGGUUUAGGUGCGGCAAGUUCUAAUAUUGAUGGGCCUACAACAAAAAGUAACUUGCAGGAAGAUAUUAAAAAAGAUGGUGAAAGUGAUCCCAAACUUGCAUUUGCUAGAUCAAACAAAAUAAAGGUUGUUGGGAUGCAUGCUGUGAAGGAGAAAAAGACAUGUUUUACAAAGUUGCGACAGAAAAAUACUAAAAAUAGUUCUGGUGAUAAAUUUAUAUCAAAGAUGCCUUUCAAAGAUGCUGCAUAUAUAGGUCACAAUAGUAUGGACGUUGGGUUUGAUUUCGCGGUUGCACCUGCUUCCACCAGUCUUCAACUUGACAAUUGGGCGCAAUGUGAUAGUUGUAAGACAUGGCGACUACUUCCCCUUGGCCUGAAUACUGAGAAGCUGCCUGAUAAGUGGCUGUGUAGCAUGCAAACGUGGCUGCCUGGAAUGAACCACUGUGGUGUCAGCGAGGAAGAGACAACAAAGGUUAUCAGACACUUUCAUGCUGGUGAGGCUCAUGGUCCUGAAACUGGUGUCAAACUCCUCUCUGGUGCUAGUAAUGCUGAUAAAAGCUACCAACCAUUAACUUCUGGUUCAUUGCCAAAUCCAGUUGAAAAGAAGUCUAACAUGAAAGACUUUUCUCAAGGACUUCCAAGCAAUAUCUUGGUUGAUGCUGCAACGCCUAUGAAAAGUAGCCCAUAUGUUCUUAAAAUAAAAAACUUGAAGCUGUCAGGAGAAACGCCUAAUGCUACUCAGAUAUCCACUGACUUUGGUGUGUCGCACGAUUUUGUUCAGGAUAAGGUUGACCAGAAAGCAAAGUGGCGAUCAGCAGGUACUGAUUGUCAGAUAAAGACUAAGAAGAAAACGGAGGGUGACAAACAAGAAAGUGAUGGUUCCAAGCAUAUCACGACUGGUGUUGGAAACAAACUCGCCAGAGAUAUGAAAGUAGAAGAAAUACAUUGGAAUCAAGAUCCGGAAUGGACUCCAGCAGAGAGAAAAACAAAGCGUCCUGACAAUGAUUUUCACACUUUGGAUGUAGAGCGAGACACAAAGAAAAGAUUACUCGCAUCUAAAAGCAAACCUGAUCACAAACGUCAACUACCAACUGCUAGUGGUUCCUUGUGUACAAAAGCUCAUGGCAGAAUCAAUACUCCAGUGAGGAAAGUAAGGUUGGUGGGUUCCAAGCAGGUUGCAGAUAGUGAUGAAAAAGAGCCAUCAAUGGUCAAGGCGACAAUAAAUAAGAUUUCAGUCCAGGAAUCUAAAGCAUGCCAAAGAAAUGAAUUGUUUCAGGCUGAUGGCUCUCAAGAACACCGGAAUGCUGAUGCCUCAUGUAAAUAUUUCUCUGGUGGAAGUGGGCAGAUUUCUGGGGUAGAAACAUCCAGCUCUUCGAAGGUUGUAGGAUCACAUAAAAGUGGAAGAAUGUAUGUGGAAGAAGUAAAAGCAUCUCCUGUGGGAUCAGUUUCUUCUUCCCCAGCAAGGUCUUCAUGCCCGACGAAUCGUGCAUCAGCUGCAGAGAGCUUACCUCGGAAAAAACAAAACAUGAAAUAUGGCGAUGCUGGGAGUAGAUUUUUUCAUGAUAGAAGACCCCUAUCCCAAGAAGCUAAUUGUGAAUUUUUGUCGACAACUCAUCCUACAAACAGGAAACAGCCAAAACCAGAAGUAUGUAAACAGAACCCAAAGUUUGGUGAUUUACCGUGCACAAGUAUGAAAUCGGUCCUUAAAAAUAGAGCUGGGAUAAACAAAAUCGGUGACAUUGCUCAUGAGACUAUAGAUAGAUCCUGCCAUGCUGCGAAUGAUAUACUUCAAGAGGCUGAAAAGCUGAAAAAGCUUGCUCACUGUUUGGAGAGCUCUGGAUUUGAUUAUGAAUACAAGGAGACCAAAUUUAAAGCGGCGCUGAGGUUUCUCUUUGGAGCUUCACUUUUGGAAAUGUGCAGUACUGAUAAUGUGGAAGGGGUAACGAUGAGCCAUGUUGAAGCUUACCAUACUGCUGCAAAAUUUUCAGAAAGCUGUGCCCAUCAAUAUGAAACUAGCCAAGAAAUGGCUGCAGCUGUUUUGGCCUAUAAAUGCUCAGAAGUGGCUUGCAUGAGGCUAGUGUACGGCAGAAGUUUAGGUCUUAGUGGAGAAUGGAAUGAAUUGCAGAAGAUGGUACAGAUGACUCCUCAAGGUGAAUCACCGUCGUCAUCUGCAUCUGAUGUUGAUAGUUUUAAUCAUCAAAGGGUGAUUGAUAAGUCUGCUAAAACUAAAAGAGGUCUCUCCCAUGUUGCUGGAAACCUUCUCACCGUUGCUAAAAGCCAGCUAAAUUUUCUUCCGUUAUUGGACUUUACAGAGAGCAUGAAUCUGGCAAUGGAAGCCUCAGCAAAAACUCAAAAUGCUUUUAAAGCAGUCACUGUCACUUUAGAAGAAACAAAGCAUGGAGAUUGUAUCGCUGCUAUCAAGAAAGUUGUCGAUUUCAGUUUCCAUGAUGUGGAAGCGCUUAUAAAGAUGAUUGAGGUUGCACUGGAUGCUCUAAAUUCAUCAAGAUUCGGUGGCCCAAAGUGUUGAAUCUAUUUUGUACAUAGGCUCUGGUCCUAUAAAGAAUAGAAUAGUGUUUAAGCAAGAAGAGUAAGCCAGAAGAAUGGAUCUAGAUUACCUCUGGUUUUCAUGAACUUCCAUAGAAAAGUCUUAUAAUUAGGAUAGUGUUCAAGGAUGAUUACCCUUCAAUAGAUUAGGAAAGGAAGACUUGGAAGGAGGACACUAGAUAAGGAUGGAUAUAUAAGGUCUACGUUUGCACUUUGCAAUAAUUCUCAGGGUCCUGUUUCAUGUCUUUCUUCUUUUUGGUGUCCGGGUAUCCAAGACUAACUAAAGAAUAUUUAUAGAAGAGUAGCAGGAUUCUUAGA